AUGACCACCACAGACAGUGGCCAAGGCUGUCCUCGAUCCUUCUUACCGCUCCCUGAGGACCGUUGGAUCCAGAGAAUCGUCCAGUCCCUCACAGGCCCCGCCCCUGCCUCCAGAACCCAUUAUGACAGGCUAGCAGCUGUGGCCUGGGGAGCCACAGUGGGACACAUGAUGGAUGAUUCCUGGACUAACCCGCAUGGGGAAUUCAGAGAGAGAUUACACAGGUACCCACCACCUCCGCCACCACCCCCACCGCCUAUGCAGCCACACACGGUAACAGGCCAACCCCGGCUUCUCCGAUGCUCAGUGGUGAACCUGAGCCCCUACAAGGAGAGGGACACCAUCCUGGAACUAGAGCAGGCCAACCAAAGACUGAAAGAUAUGAACCAGGAUCUGAGGGGGCAGCUCGAAGACAUCAUGGAGCCAAGAGAGAUGAGGCAGGACUUUAUCCCCAUGUGCCCCAACCAUCAGCGCCAGUUACAGAUCCUGGCCUGGGAGAAGGACUGUCCCCAGAUGAUGGAUGACCCAAGGACAGUGCAGGUGCUAAAACAAAAAAUCUGCCCUCACGAAGACCCCUUCACAGAGAAGUCCCAGAAAGAGCUGCAGCAGAUGAGGCUGUCCUUUGAAAGAAAGAAGACAUCUAUCACAGAGGUAACACACCAAUCUCCUCAGGUGUGGGAUGGCAUGAGUGAAGUUCACAUGUCCUUGACUAACCAGGCUGAAGGACUUCUGAAUCUCAAAAAGGAUAUCCGAGAUGUGUUAGAUGAGGUGGAAGACAUCCGGAUGGAAAUCCUUCGGGACAAGGCCCAAUGCCAAACUCUGACCAGGAAAGGCUUGCUUAUGCAGGAGAAGAAGCCACCCCAGCCGCCUUCCACUAUAAGAAAAGAUGUCCAGAACUGGUCCAGGAAAGCCUGGACAUUCUUGACCAAGGGGUGUUUGUGCCUGUUCGUCUGCAGUGUCCUGUUUUACAUCUAUGUAGUGAACCCUACCCCCUAUGAGAGCCUUCUUCCCCCAAUUAUUGGCCAAAGCACAGUCUGGCGCAUCCGGACCUGGUGCAACCCCUUCCUCAGGGUGGAAGUGGACGACUUCCUGCCAUUUUAG